AUGACUGGAGAGACCCAGCAUGUUUACACCAUCAGCGAUACUGAGGCUGCCCCCAAAGACCCCGACAAGGACUUUGGCUUUGAAGGCUGUGGGGAGAAGGAUGGGAGGGUGCUUGGCGGGGAGGGCACGUCCCCCUUCCUCGGCCCCAAGGACAAGGAGCCCCACAGCCAGCGGGAAGCCGUGAUCCGGCCCCAGCAAGCAGGGAAGAUCGACUUCAAAUCCCUCCAGUGCAAACCCAAAUUUGGCAAUGACAGCACUUGGGGGGAGGUCAAGGGCAGCCCCCAGUCCCCACUGGGGAAGGGCCGAGCCCGUGAGCGCAGCCGGCGCUCGGGGAAGGGCGAGCGGGGCCACCACCAGCUCUACCGGCUCAGCAUCACCGGCACCCGGCCGAACCCCACCAUCGGCAUCGCAUACCCCCAGCAGAAGGUGACCCCCCAAAAGGAGCCGGAGGUGACUCCCCCCGUGGCCGGCAGCUACCGCUUCCAUGUGCCCAGCAUUCCCCAGCGCGAGGCCGAGCUCCGGCAAGAAGAGCUCAGCUUUGGCCGCUGCUUCCCCGAUGCCGCUGCCGGCCGUACCUCCGCCAACUAUACCUCACAGCCCGGCCCCCUCCUAGGCCCCAAAGGGCAGCCCCCCACUGCCGGCAUCCCCCUCAAGAGCCCCAGCACCCAUGGGCAGCUACAUUACUUAGAGUUUCAGGCAAACAGGACCAAGUCCUGGCCUUCCCCAGAGAAGAGCUUUGCCGGUGCUAGCUACGGGAUCACGGUGCAGAAGCCCAGCUCUUUUUCUGAGGGUGGGAAAGCCAGUGUCCACAGUCUGGGGGCUUUGCCAUGCCAGUACCCCUUCCAGCUGCUGCACGACUCGGGGAAGGAGCCGUACCACGGCGAUGCAGGGAGCCAGGAGUACCUGGACGUGGGGCUCACCAGCAGCCAGCUGGCACACGGUGCCUUCCCCUUCCACUCCUCCUCCAGAGAGUGGCAAGAGGAGACACUGAGCAGUGGCUCCUACGAGAGCGUGUCCCCUGAAGGGAGGCUGUACCUGCCCGUCCCAGCGCCGCCGUCGCCGUUCCUGCACCCGCCGCCACCGCCGGCCCCGCACCACAGCCCGCUGCCCUGCUGCAAAGGCAGGAGCGAGCAUCCCGCCGACCCCAAUGGUGCUCUCUCGUCAUCUGGUGCUAUCGACCAAAACCCAAGCACUUUCCAAGAAAACCAAGCUGUUUUUCCGUCUAGUUUACACUCGCCUAGUAUGCCAAAGCCAGUCGGUAAGAGGCAAGCCUCAGCCAAGGACAGUGUCCCCGGCCCACGGCUGCUGGUCCAGAGCAGCCCUCUGAGAAGGAACAUGCCACCAAACUCUCUGUCCCAAGUGCACUUUCAGAGCAAAGCCUAUUGCAGUUCCCCCGUGGGCAGCACCAGCGCAGGAUCCGUGCCUUUCGAGACAAGCAUUCCCACUACGGCACCCACCCACCCCAGACUUGUGCAAGCUUGGGAAGGUGCCACUAAGGCGUUUUCUCCCAUGGACCAGAAUUCAGCACCUUAUUCAAACCCUGUUGGAAGCCAGUUCUCAUUCGAGUGCCAGUCUGGCCCCGAGCAGAGGCAGCACAGGCAGAAAAAUGCCAGGAUGCCUUGGCAGCAAAUACACCUCCCUUCUGCAAUGCCCGGUGCAAACAGGCUGGAGCUGUCGAGGCAGAUCACCAACCAGAAGCUCCACUUUCCCCUGGGCACAUCAGAAUGGCAGGGGAGUGGGAAAGCCCAGAAAGGGCCCCCCAUAAGUAACUCUCCAGGGUAUCAUGGCAAAAAGCUCUUAUCAGGAGAGAGCCUCGGGGUCCAGAGGGUAGACCCCAGUGUGACGGGCACUUUCUCUUUUGAGAGUGGGAAGGACCCGGGGUCUCCUGUCUGCGACUCAAGAAACAAAGCCAUUUUCUACAGCAUGGGUCAAGCAGGUCCUCCUCCUCCCUCAAGAAGCUCGUCGGGCUCAGCACUGGUCCUGCUGCCAUCAGCCUUGGUGGCUGCCUCCCCUUGCGAGUCCCCACUGCCAUCCCCUGUCCCCAACCCCACCUGUGGCAGCACCUGCUCAUCGCUCUCCCCCAUGUCCAGCAGCCCACUCAACCCUGCCUUCGAAGACAGCCAGAUGUCUGGAGCGCUGACGCCCUCGUCCUUCUUCCAGCACCCCUGCCACCCCAAGGACUCCAACAAAACCUUCCACCCCUCUGAUGUCCUGAGCCCCAACUCACUUCAUUACCCCCCCUCAGACUCCAUCAAGUCCUUCCACUUCCCUCCUGAUGCCCUGAAAGAUGACAACCUCCUGAAAUGCACCCCGGCAAGCCCAUUCCACAAACCCGGCGUGGAGGUGGCCAAAGGAUGCUCGGAUGGACUGGAUGGGGAGCAGCCUCCACCACCGUACUCCUCCCAUCACUUGCUGGCCAGUUCACUCAGCAGUGCCAGCCUGGACCAGCUGGACGUGCUCCUGACCUGCAAACAGUGUGACCAGAACUACAGCAACCUCUCAUCCUUCCUGCAGCACCGCCAGUUCUGCGCCUCCCAUCCCACCCCCCAGGGAGAGGGCAAGGAUGCUCCCCGGGCAGCCGAGGGGCGGAAAGCACUUCCCCAAGAGCCUCCCAAGCCCCCCAGCCUGGGGCUCUCUCCAGACCCGCAGGUGCAUUUGUUGACAUUAAACAAGAGCGAUGACUUCUUGCUGGACGGGGAAGGCAAAAGCGAGGGCAAGGAGGAUGCUCUGAAGGGCAGCCUCUUCAACGGCCUCACUGCCACCUCUCUGCCCCUCACUGCCUCUGACCUGGACAUUGACGACGCCAAGCUGGACAGCCUGAUCACUGAAGCCCUCAACGGCCUGGGGUACCAGUCAGAUAACCCAGAGAUCGACAGCAGCUUCAUAGAUGUGUUUGCUGACGAGGAGCUGACGGGCGUGAAGGCAACCAGCAGUGGGAUGUCCCACAAAGCGAAGGAAGCCCUGGCCUCAGAGAGCAAAUCAAAGCAGGCAGCAGAGGAGAAGGCAGCGGGACAGCCCAAGGCUGGCUAUUCUUAUGAAGAUGGAUGCCCAGUUGGGGAGCAGGGGAAGAGAGGGGCAGGAAAGCAGCACCUUCACAAGGGGAGGGCGGCACGGAGGUUGGCAGCCCAGGAGCCGGAUCCUGGGGCAGAAGGAGUGGAGAGGACAGCAAGGCUGCGGGCAGACAGGAAGAACAGCAUCCCACCAGCCACCACCUCCUCCAAGUCCACCUCCAGCCAAAAACAUCCCAGGAAACUCAGCCAGGAGCCUCCAGCAAAAAGCGAAGUGGGGCCGGUCAUUGCCACCAAGAGCUCCAAGCCACAGUUCUCCAUGAAGGACAUGAAGAAGCGGAAGCCCCGAAGUGGGACAUGGAGCAAGGAGCUCAUUCACAAGAUCGUGCAGCAGAAGAAUAAGCUCCACAAACUGCAGGUGAAGAGCAGCAAGCAGGUCCAGUUCCCUCAGGCCACUGAGGGGCCAAUGCCAGCCACCAAGGAGGGCAGGUUGCAGGAGUAUGACUACGUGUCCGACUCGGAUGAGGAUGGAACAGAGUCCAGCAAGCCCCGGGGGAGGAGGAAGCGUGGCACAAGAUUCAUCAGGAGGAGCAAAUACAGCUUGAGCAAGAAACGCCUGGGGAGAAGUCAGAGAAUCAAAGAGAAAGACCCAGCCUGGAACUACAGCCAGAAAAGGGGCAGUCAGAAAAGAGAAGCACAGGGGGAUGGGGGGGUUCAAAGACAGGAGGGUGCUGAGAAAGAGGAUUGUGCUGCCCGAAUCCGAAGACGGAGCAGCCAGUCAUCUACCGGCAGCAACCACAGUGGUGGUGAGCCCAGAGAGAUGGGCACCAGCCCACCCCGUGCUGAAGGGACCAGUGAGAAGGGUGGCACCCAGAGGAGGAGGCGCUCAGGCAGCCCAGCAUGUGUGCCAGGGACUCCACUCAGCCUUCCCAAGGACAGGAACCCAAAGGUGAGCCAGAAGAGCAAAGAGGACAUUUCCAGGUGGAGCAGGCGGUUUGGCACAGCCAAACCUUUGCUGGCAGGCUCCAGGACACAUCUGAGUCCUGAACCAGAUGUUGCUGUGACGGACUGUGCAAAGGUGGAGCCAUUUUCACAGCCUCAGGAAAGGCAGCUGCCCAUCAUGGCCACCUCAGGCAAGAGCCCCAUUGGGAUCUCCUGUAAGGAAGAGCCCAAAGGAGCAGCAAAGCUCACAGGCGAGGCAGAAGAACCCACCCUGGAGGCUCAGAACUCACCCAGUCUGACCAUGGUCAACCAGAGGCAUCCGUUCACCCCUUUCACGAGUGAAGGGCUGAAGUACCACCCAGAAGAGAUAACUGCUCCAUCCCACAGCAGCAACGAAGCAAGUCCUGGCCAUGUGAGUGCCACCUGCUCAGAAGCGGGAAUCAAGCACUUGAAGGGACAUGGGCUCUGUGACAGCCAGAAGGACUAUCCCCCUCCGGCCCCCACGUUUGGGGGGGAUGCAGUGGGAAUGAUGCUCAGUGCCAAGGCGCCUGAUCCAUUCAGCAGCAGUGACAAUGCAUUUUUUGAUCCAAAAGGCCUUCCUGGUCACUACAAUGACAGCCUCUUCCCAAAGCCCCCAGCCUUGGGCUCCUCACACAUGGACGACAUGUACUUGUGCCAGGAUGACAUCAACAACAGCUCCUUCGAGCAGAAGCACUCCACUAUCUCCCCUUAUGCCACAGAAAUUCCACAGGGCAAGGUGUCCUCCCCUCUCAGCUUUGAUUCCUCUUCAAUAUUUGGAGAGCUUCCUGUCACUGAGUUCGACCCGCCGCUAUACGAGAGUGUUUCUGCCAGCAAGGAUGGAUAUGUGACAACAUUCAUCUCUCCCGGGAAUCCCCCCCGCAAGCCACUGCCCUUUGAGCAACCAUAUCCACCCUUCAUGCCAGAGAAAGACUGGUCCCUGAUGGAGGAAGUGGCUCCAAUGUUGCCAGAGGACAUGACUCAGUUCCACAACCUCUCAGUGGAGAAGCCACUAGCCAAGAAAUUCCCCGAGGAAGGACCUGUCCCCACCAGCCAGCUCUCCCUGCCACUGCCGGACAGGAUAAUGGAUUAUAACGUGACUUUUAUAAACAACAUAUCAGAUGAUGAGCUGGAGAUCAAGCGAUUAGUCACAGAGCUGGAAAGCCAACUGCAAACCAGCAAGUUGGGUAACGAGGCAUCCAUCAGCCUCCAGAAACCUGAGCAGCAUCUGCAAGGACAGGAGGCUGAGAGGUUCCCACCACUGCCAGGUGAGCAAGAGGCAGGCCAGGAGAAAGGACUGUUUUUGGCAGAUGAUCUGAGCAGAUCAAGCCUCUGUGCUGGGGAGAGGCUGGGAGGUGAGAAGCUGGGCGUCACAACUGCCCAUGAGGACUAUGAGAGACCCAGGGAGCCCUGGCCCUGCCCAGUGGAGCUGGGCUCGCUGGAGGCCGAGAUGUGUAUUCCAGCCCCACUCACCACAAACCAUUUCUGCUCCAAAGACAGCAGUGAGCAGCUCCAGGGAACUGCAUCUGCUGAGGAAAGAGAUCCCGGAAAGCUGGAAAAUGGGUCAUCUUCCAAAAGUCUACAAGGCUCAAGCACAACAGACCACACAGAGGUUCCUGUCUACUCAGACCCCGUGACAAAAAGCUCUCCUAUUGUCACCGACUCCAUGUUCCCAAAGACGGUGGAGGCAGCAGAAGCAGCCAAAGAUCCUGUGCCAUCCCUGCCAUGCCAGCGCAGUGCUGAGAGCUUACCUGUGCCAGGGAAAGCAGACACUGAUGCUGCAGAGCUGGAGAAGUUUGAUGCCCAUCUUCCAAACCGUAAACCUGAAUUUGGCUUCCAUCAGGGUCCCACCCCAGCCUUGGAUCUCGCCUUUUCACCUCACAUCAAAGAGGUCCCAGAUACAGAAGAAAGAGCCUUAAGCCCCACUGAGUCACCCAAAAUGGUGCAAAGUGCCGUGGACUUCAAAGAGGGUGGUAGUGGGUCUGUGUUGGUAGAGGAAACAGAGGAGAGGAAGAGUCCAACCCCUGGACUCAAUGACAAAGCCAGCAAGCCAAAAGUGCUGCUGUUUGAUAUGCUGAGUCUGCCCAAGGAAAGCGACCGUGACUCCCGGGAGAUGUUGGCAUCUCAGGAUACAUCUGCCAACCCUCUGCAGCAGCUCCAGCUCUUUGUUGCCCGAACGGUGAAGAACAAUGAAGAGGAGUUGCUGAUGCCAUGCUUCCCCAUGCUGCUGGCUCCCAACCACCCCUCUGCCACUGCCUGCAUCCAGCCAGACCAGAAGGAGGAGAGCAGUGAUGCCUUGGAAGGGGAAAAUCGGACAUACUGCCCUGCCCAUGGGGAGGGGGUAAUCCCCAUGGGAAGCAACACAGAAAAUAUUGCUGCCCCAGGGGCAGAGGCUGUGCUUUUCUCCAGUGGUUGUGAGCAGCUGGAGUCAUUGGGUGCAGUGGGCUCUUUCCAUGCAAAACAAUCCACAUCUGCGAAGCCGGAGCUGCAAAAUGAUGUAACGGAGCUGCAGCACUUAGCAAAUGAACCCGCGGAGCCGAGUGACAUUAAUAUCCCUGCAGAUGGUGUUUCCCAAGAGCAUAAUGACCUCUCGCCACUCAAAAACACGGCGGUGACCCCACUGCCAGGGCAAGGAAGGAAAGCUGAUCAGCUCAUGGAAGAGCAGGAGGAAGAUAAAAACAACACGACCUUGGCAUUUACGAAAUAUGAGCAAUCCCAUUUUAGCCAUAGUUCGCUCAAGGAAGAAACACUGGGUAGCGCAGUGGGAGAGAGGCUGGAAAGGAAUCAGGUGGGGAAGGGGCCACAGCACCUGUACAGUGCUCCCACGAGUUCCAUCAGCACCCCUGCUCCCUCCGAGGAGGAUCUCCACCAGAAUCACCAUGUGGUGACCGAGAUGAAAGUUGGGACAGUGAAUGCAAAGGCUCCCAGAGAAGGGGAUGGCAAGUCAUCCCUCAAUGGCUGUUAUCACACAGGUGAAUCUCCAACCAGCCUGCUCUUGCCAACCCAAUUUUCUGACCCCAAAUGCUUGGAAAGCAGUGGGGCCAAGGGAGGAGAGGUCCCCAGCUUCAUCACUCGAGUCUCAGAUGAGAAGAAUGCCUUGGAGAUGGAUGCUCACCAGGAACCUCAUGGAAGGGACUGUUCUCUUCCCUGUUCGCCACCUUUCAACCAAAAGAAUGUUGGGAAAGAGGUACCUGAAAAUGCCAGUACUGUGUUGUCAAAUUUUAAAGAAAACCAACCAUGCACCAUCACAGACAUGGUCAUUAAGUCCACUCCUUCAGAAACCCAAGAUCACUCAACCCAGCCCCCAGCAGAUCUUCUGCCCAUCAGAGAAAGAGAGGUCAACCUGAAUCAAGAGAAUAAGCUUGAAAGCUGCUCCGAUGAGGGAAAUAAGCAUCAAAGCGAACAAGAGACUUUGUCCAAUGGUUUUGCUGUUCAGGAAGUGACAGUUGCUGUCAGCAGAAGUUUCACAAGGGUUGAAGAUCUUGGUCCUGCUGAAUUAAAUGGCCAUGAGUUUUCAGAGGCAGCAGAAGUGAGACUUGGUGUUUCCAAAACCACAGGGAGUGAAGGAAAGAGUUUAAAAGGGGAGAAAUCCAAUAGGCAUGGGGCUGGAGAAGAUGGGUGUUGUGUGUUAAACAGUGUGGACCAAGGAGAGAACAACACACCCAACAGUACUCCAAACCCUUUAAAAAAUGAACUUCACAAAGGAAAAAAGCCAAGUGGGCUCCCAGUGACCUGUGACCUUUGUUCAGCCACUUUCCGGUCUAAGCCUGGCCUGACCAGACACAAAGCUGUCAAACACCAGGUGAAGAAUGGGGGUGUGCCACAGCCCAGCAAGACUCCCCGGUCCCCUUCAAUUCCUGCAGACGAGAUAUUGAAAGCAGCCCAAAAGGUACCCAGAAGGAGUGUGAAGGCUUCGGUCAAAGGUAAAACCUGCAGCUCACAGGUGCCAAUGAGUGUCGAACACGUCCCCAAGAAGAUACUGCCAGACCUGGAGAAAGAGCCCAGCACACAGAUGCAAGAGGUGGUCAGCAGAGUGCUCAGUGACCUCAGUGUGAUCUCCCUUGAGAUGUCCCAGGAACUGCACUGCACACAUGUUCUGCAGAGGGAAAUGAAGGCAAAGGGACUGCACUCUGAGGUGAGGGGAUUGGGAGAGGUGGUAUCUGGGAAGCUGGACUCAGGAUGGCAAGUCAGGAAGGAAGAAAAGGGCAGAAGGAGCCAAAGCAAAGAUCCUGAAGAGGAGAAUGGCAGUUCUGAGAAGCAGCUGAACAGGAAAGUGAGACGAAGGAAAACAAAGAUGUUUCCCAGCAGAAAUGAACCCAAUGAUCCUUGUGAGCUGGAGAAGAGCAUAGGUCCUUCCCCUGCCAGCUGCAGUCUGCCCAGGAUCAGGGAGGGCUUGCAUGAGCCAGGUGGUUGCAUCUCCACAGAGGAGCAGAACGGGACCCAGCACUCCCAAAAAGCCAAACAGUCCCCUUGUGAGGCCCAGCUUGCAGAAGACCUGGGCAACAGGGUGGUGUCUUCAAAGGAGAUGGUCAGCAAGGAGUCAGCAAUGGACACAGUCACCUACUCUGGGGAGGUGGAAGAUCCAAAUGGAGUGGAAGAUACACAGACUUGCAAAAACUGGGUUAGUGGGUUUGUGAAGCAAGUGACAAAGGGGUUGGGCAAAGUAAGCAAAGAGCAGCAUCGUGGUGCUGAUGAGGCAGAGGAGAUGCAUGCUGGGACAGGACACAGCCCUGCAGCAGGCAGUGACACUGGGAACUGGAGUGGUGCCCCACAGGGUCCCACAGCUCCUGCUGAAGGGGCUCUGCCACUGGACACACAUGAUUUGGGAAUGACCCAAAAGGUUCCCAGACAAGGCACUCUGCAGACCAGCCCUCCUCCUGCAGAGCCAAAGCGAUGGGCGAAGGCAGAGGUGCCCCCAGGCAGAGAGCACUGCAUGGAGAGCGUGGCCACCUCAGACCUCCAGAGCUUUUUCGACGAUGACUCCACAUUCUCCCAGUUGUUCCCCCGGGAUGACCAGUUUGUCCGGAGGAAGUGCACGCGGGUGUAUGGGAAGCGUAGCAAGAAACCCAAGCCCGUCACCGAAGUCAACCUUCAGGCAACGGGUGCCAUCAACCUCUUCACCAUCCAGUUGGCUUCUGACCUCAGCGAAACCAGCUCUUUCUGUGUCACCAGGGAGUCCCCUUGUGAAUACGAGACCAUCUCUGUUGACGACGCCUUAAUGCUAAACAUGUGUCAUGGCAGCAAGGCGAAGAGCGGAGAUGCUGCUCCAAACGGAUCUAAAAGCAUUGAGCUGAGGUUGGACCACGAGGUGACUGACCAAGGGAAGGAGGACAUUGACUUAGAAGACAACAUGCUCACCUUCUUGUGCCAAAACAGCCAAGUGGACAAUGUCCCCAGCUUGAACAUCUGGGGGAGUCUAGAGAAGGAGGGAGAAAGUCUCUCUGCUGAGGACAUGUUUGAGCCUCUGAUGGACCUUGAGGAUGAGCACUCGCUCAGAGAAGCGAGCUCCGAGCCCCCUGACCUGGCAGAGGAGCCCUAUGAUGGUAAGGAUAACGAGGAUUCGGACUCUCCUGAAUUUCAUACCAUCGACAUCGAGAUGCUGAAUGCCAAGCUCAAAAUGAGAGACAUGUGCUUCUUUGGCCCUUGUGAAGAUCUUCCUGGCCAUGGGGAGGACAGCACUGUGAGUUUGAAGCCAAAGUCAGGCAAGCACAGGAGCAAGCUGGAAGAUGGGAAAUUGGGGAAAAACCGCGGUGAGAUAACCAUCAAGACCAAAGACAAGCAGUACAAAUGCAAAGUCUGCUUCCAGUGGUUCCUGACAUUAGGGGAGCUGGACUUCCACAAGCUCUCCCACAACCCUUCCCCUCCACCUACCUGCUACAUGUGUGUCCAGCGCAAAUUCAGCUCCCGGGAGCAGCUGAGGGACCACCUGAAGGAGAAGCAUGCCAAGAACAAAGCUGGGCUGUGGGCGUGCGGGAUGUGCCUGAAGGAGAUCUCUGACGUCUGGAUGUACAACGAGCAUCUCCGGGAACACGCCACUCAGUUUGCCCGCAAGGGGCAGGCGCAGAAGUCAGUGAUGGGCCUGCCAGCCUGCUUUGGUGAGGACAAUGCUGCCGUCACCCACUUCCUCAACACCAUCAUGUAUCGGAAGCCCAACAGGUCCUCCCGGCACGCCGACCCCGGCAGCAGGCACGUAGUCACCAGAGAGAGCAAGAGCCCCAAGGAGCUGCCUCUCGAGCAGGAGGCCAAGGCGAUGAAAGACCCCUUGGAAAGCAACGUCAAGGUGAAGCCACCUGCUCCCAGCUCCUCUAAAGCAUCUGCCAGCCCCUCUCCAGAGCACAUGGCAAAAAGCGAAGGCACUCCAAAGUCUGUCCCCAUGCACCCAGACUGCAAAGAUCCUUCCAGGGACUGCCAUCACUGUGGCAAACAGUUUCCCAAGCCCUUCAAGCUCCAGCGGCACUUGGUUGUGCACAGUUUGCAGAAGAUUUACUUGUGCCACAGGUGUCCCAUGUUCUACCAGGAAACCAAAGAGCUCCGAAACCACCUGAGCCAGGAGCAUGGUGUAGUGGAGGAACAGGAGAUCAAGCACACCACCCUGUACACCUGUGAGCUCUGUGCCGAUGUCAUGCACGUUAUCAAGAAGUCCUUCAUCUGCAGCAUGUGCAACUACACCUUCUCCAAGAAGGAGCAGUACGACCGGCACAUGGAGAAGCACCUGGCAGGAAGCAACAAGACUUUCAAGUUCAGAGGGGUCAUGAGGCCUGGCACUGCCUCCAGGGAGGGCAGGGAGAAGGAGAAAGAGGACGGAUGUCUCCAGGAGGCCAUGCCUCCAAGCAAGAAGAGGAAGGUUACUCACCACAGCAGCUCACUCCCAUGCAGGUCACCGGUCCACCUGCACCACACGAGUGACCUUCAGCUGGUAGAAGCUGCAAGCCCCAGUCUGCAGAAUCCCACUGACUCCUUCCCAACAGCACCUGGUGAUCCAGGAGCACCCCAAACCUCCGUGAAAACAGAAGACUUGGUGGGUGACUUCUCCGACCUCCUGGCAGAGAUGGAGAAGUCCCCAUUUGACACCCUACCACCACCCCCCUGCCUCUCCCCAUCUCUGCCUCAAGCUGCCGCAGGCAGCCCGGAGCUCAGCCACAUUGCUGGCCUGGCUAUCGAGGAGCUGGAGAAAGGAGCAUUUGAUGGGAAACCACUUCCUUUCUUGGACUCACCCGAGUUUACCAUGGACCUUGCUGGGCUGGCUUGUAACCAGGCCACAGACCAAAAACUCUCUCCUCCACACCUGACCGAGAAACGUGGCUGCGCUGAUGCACAUAAAAGAACAGGCAACAAAGAUGAAUAUAGAGCGUAUGUCAUGGAAAAUCCCAGUACAGGCACCAAUGCCAUGGAUGAGAUCCCAUUUCUCCAGCUCUCCAAGAAGGUCCCAGAGCUUCCUUCCCCUCAGGCAGAGUCUCCAACAGCCAAGGAGACCCUCAGAUGGAGCAACCUCAGUUCCAGCGAUGUCUCUGCUUGGGAAGGUGCAUCUGAGGCCAUGUCUCCAGAAGCUCCCCACCACCCCCUGCCCCUGAAGGACAAGUCAGCAUCACCCACACUCAACAGGUCCACCAAAGAUUCAGCCCCACCAAAGAAGACCACAGGUAGCCAGCCUGGCAAUGAGGCUGUUCUGGGUGUGGGCAGCCCCAACGGUAGCACCGAGGAGGGUCAGCAACCCAUCUCCGGAAGGGAUAAAUCCAUGCCUGAGGCUAAGGAUGGUAUCACUAACGCCAAAGACCAAGGUGGUAACCCAGGUAAAUCCACCAGCCAUCAGCCCAGAGGUGAAAUGGCCACCAACGCCACAAAGCACAGCCAUGUGGAGCCAAACAAAGCCACUGGCAAGCUUCACCCCAAGAGGAGGAAAGAACACAAAUCCUUGAGCCACCGGAGCAGCUCUGGCUCCCGGGAGAACAUGGAGGGAGAUGGGAAGAAGAAAAAAGCCCGGACACCGUGCCCGGUGAGGAGCGAGAGCACCGUCGAGCUCAAACGCGCCAGCUGGAGCAACGCUGAGGCCUCCACCCUCUCCCCGGGGAGGAGGGAGACGCACUGCAACAAACUGGUAUCCAAACCCAAAACGGGCCCCCAGCUGAAGAAGAUGGUCCUGGACACUUACAACCAGAAGAAAGGGGAGCUCCGUCACGCCAACGGGGACGUGAAACGCAGGAAGGCCAUUCUGGGCAAGAGCCUCCACCAAGUGUUGGCCAAGGGGCCGACGCCGUCCCCACGCGGCACCUUGCACAGCCCGCGCGCUGCCCGCGGGGCCAAGCCGGCCGGCGCCGCCAGCUACCGCACCGCCGAGUCCCAGAACAACCUGCUCAGCCAACUCUUUGGGCAAAAAUUAACUAGCUUCAAAAUUCCUUUAAGAAGAGAUACUUCAGAAUAA